AUGUCCCUCCCCACCACCCAUCGCGCGGUCGCCGCUCUCUCCCCGGGCUCCUGGGACGUCAUCUCCAUCCCCACGCCCGAGCCCAACCCGGGCGAGGUGUCCAUCAAGGUCGAGUACACCGCGCUCAUCCCGUUCGACACAUACCAGUCCGACCUUGGGUAUAUAGUCGACGAGUGGCCCAUCGUGCUCGGCUUCAGCGCCUCGGGAACGAUUGCGAAGGUCGGCGAGGGCGUGCCUGGGCUGAAGGUGGGAGAUAGGGUCACCGCCUUCACCUUUGGCAAGACGCGCACGCGCGGGCUGCAGGAGUACACCACGCAGCACUACUCUGUCGUCGGCAAGGUCCCCGACAACGUACCCCUCGAGGGCGCCGCGACGAUCCCGGACAACUUCGUCACCGCGUUCUACACGCUUUUCAGCGAGUGCGGGCUCGAGUGGCCGCACCUCGUGCCCGGUAGCGCAGACGAAGGCAAGACAGUGAACCCACCCAAGGACGCCGAUAAGGCGAUCCUCGUCUACGGCGCAGGCGCGUCCUCCGGGCAGUACACCGUUCAGCUCCUGCACGUCGCCGGUUACACGAACGUCCUCGCCACCGCGUCGCCCGCGCACCACGCGCACCUCAAGGCUUUGGGCGCGAAGGAGGUCUUCGACUACCGCUCGCCCACUCUCGCACAGGAUAUCGAGAAAUAUGUCGGCGGCAAGGUCGACAUCAUUGUGGACUGCAUCGCGACCGAGACGACCAUCAAGGCUAUCGGCGGGGUGCUUGCCCCCGACGGCUUCUUUGCGAUUUUGCUGCCGAUUAAGGGCGGCGACAAGGUGCGGCCGGAGGGCGCGAAGGAGGAAAAGUUUUAUUUCGACGUUCCGGACCAUCUCAAGCAGUACGUCCCCGGGACAGCGCGGCGCGCGCUCGUUAGGACGUUUUUGUACCAGAACAAUACCUUCCUCAAGGAGAACCUCAUGCCCAAGAUCCUCCCCGACCUCCUCGCGAAGGGUCUGAUUAAGCCGAACCCCGUACGUCUCUUUGCGGAGGGCACGUUGAAGGAGCGCGCGGCGGUCGCGCUCGAUUUGUUGCGCCAUAACAAGAUUAGCGGGGAGAAGGUCGUUAUCAAACUCGAUUGA